AAUAGAGACUUGAGUAAAAGUAAAACUAGAGGAAGGACAAAUACACGACUGCUAACAUUUAGUGUUUAAAGAGUUUUUGAUUGACACUAAAUAUUUGAUAAAUUUUAUGGAACUCACUUCGAUAUUAAUAUACCACGUAUUUUUUAUGCGUUGACACAAAGCAUGACAUACUAAAAAUAUACACGUACUGUACAAGAAAACCAGUAGGCCUACCCAAAUUAUAGUAACGGAGAAGGCCUAAUUCAAUCAUUGUUAACUGAAUGACAUUUUAUUAAACCACAUAAACAUGGCAUUGCUAAUGAUUAGAUCUGUAUCAUGUGCAUUAACCCAAAAUUUCUCAAGAAAGUGCUGGCUUCGAUCUUGUGGUUAUUCUAAAACAGCAGCCAUUAUUCAAAUCCAGACACAGGACCCCCAAUCUUAUAUUGAAGCAAGUGACGAUGAAACCUUUAAAAUAUUAGCUAAUGAUAUGCUGGUGUAUGACAAUUUUCUAACGAAAGAAGAAGAGAAAAGUUUGAUAACAGAAAUUGAACCAGUCGUGAAAAGAAUGCGAUAUGAAUACGAACACUGGGACGAUGCGAUACAUGGUUAUAGGGAAACGGAGCGGAAAAAAUGGAACAAUGAGAAUCAGUUAAUUUUAAAAAGAGUUCGAGAAUGUUCGUUUCCAGUUGGUACUCCCCAGAUUGAUUUUACACAUAUAUUAGAUUUAAAGAAAGAUGGUUAUAUUAAGCCACAUGUUGAUGCUGUUAGGUUUUGUGGAAGAAUUAUUGCUGGUCUGUGUCUGUUGUCACCUUGUGUGAUGCGAUUAGUGAUGGUGGAUGACAAAACAAGAUAUGGAGAUAUUUUACUUAAUCAGCGAGCAUUAUAUGUUAUGAAAGACCGAGCAAGAUAUGAGUUCAGCCAUGAAGUUUUAGAGGAAAGCAAGUCAAUUUUUAAAGGAAAUGUUGUGCCAAGAGAUCGGAGAAUUUCAGUUAUGUGUAGAAAUGAGCCAGAUAAAGACAAUAGGGAGACUUGAAGAGUUUUUAGAGCUGAAUGUUGAUCAAUUGAUACAGAAAUUCAUAUUGAUCUGGUGUGGGGCUCCCAACGUAAGACAAGUGAGCUGAACUUAGACAGUAUUAUUCCAUACAUAUGAAUGUUACUACAUUAAACCUAAUUUGAAGUUGGUCAGUGAUAAAUAAUGAGGAAACCUUGAUACAGAGAGUCAUAUCCGUUAAGGCUGUAAUAUUACGAAAUAGUAAGCGAUCAAACGUCAAACACUGUAAAAAUCAUACCAUAAUAGGAGAUAUAAUCAAGAAAUCAGACUAUUUCAUCUGAUCGUGAUGUAUGCACGGAAAAAUUAUACAGCUAACUAAAAUUAACGUACUUCAAUCUAGCCAAAAUUUGCGAUAACACUCCGUCUUUAUACUGUUUAUAUGAAUAUUAUGGCGUCAACAGGACCCUAUUAACUGUUCAAUGAUCAAUGGAGGAAAACUUUCCUUGCCAGACAUCGGUAUUGCAUUUUAAGUACAUUUCCUGUGAUAUAGCUCUCUAUUUUUGAAAAAAAUCAAAUGAUAUGUCUA